AUGCGCGCCGCGGCCCGUGCGCGGUCGGCAGUUCAGCGAAUCGUUGAUCGAACCUCGGCGUGGCUGCAUUCACAUCCCUUCUUCCUGCAUUCACGUCCCUUCUCGUCGAGCCCUUCGGACGACGAUGAGCGCCCCUCGACGUCUUCCGCACCGAAUCAGACCGAGCGACGACGUCGCAAGGGUUCAACCCCGAUCGAUCCGCUGACGCCGCCGCCGCCCGCGAGCGAGUUCCCGCCGUACGAGCCCCGCGACUUCUUCCGGUACGAGCUCAUCCACCAGUCGAAGAAAUCCGCCGCGAGGGUCGGGCGCAUCCACACCCCUCACGGCGUCAUCGAGACCCCGGGGUACGUCGCGGUGGGCACGAACGGCGCGUUGAAGGCGGUCCCGCACCAGGAGCUCGCGGCCGCCGGCUUGGACCUGAUGUUCGCCAACACGUAUCAUCUGCUGCUGCAGCCCGGGCCGGACCUGGUGGCGUCGGCGGGUGGACUGCACGAGUUCAUCGGACGCGACGCGCCCAUCAUCACCGACAGCGGGGGUUUCCAGGUGUUCUCGCUGGCGCACGCGGGGGAAAAAGACGGGGAGGAGAUGAAAUCGCGCAGGCCGAGCAAGCACAAAGACGCGGCCGGGCUUCUCGUAAGGUUGGAUGAAGACGGGGUCCUGUUCAAGAGUUACAGGGACGGGUCGCGCGUGGUGCUCACCCCGGAGUCCAGCGUCGAGGCGCAGAAGAGCCUCGGCGCUGAUAUCAUCAUCCCGCUCGACGAGCUUCCGCCCUACCACAUCGACCGGGCGGUUUUGGAGAGGAGCGUGUAUCUCAGCCACAGGUGGGAGGCGCGGAGCCUGAAGGCGCACCUGCGGGACGUCCGCCAGCAGGCCAUGUACGCGGUGAUCCACGGCGGGGUAGACAGGGACCUGCGGCGGAUGAGCGUUGAGUACCUCACGUCACUACCUUUCGACGGGUUUGCCAUCGGGGGUAGCCUGGGCAAGGAUACCGCGGAGCUGGUCGAGCUGCUCGGUCAUCUGAUGCCACAGCUACCGAAGGACAGGCCGAACCAUCUGUUGGGCAUCGGCGAUGUUGGAUCAAUACUGGGAUCCAUUCCGCACGGCGUGGACACAUUCGAUUCCACAUUCCCCACCCGGAGCGCUCGUCACGGCACGCUCCUAACACGAACUCGUGGCCGAUUGAACAUUAGAAGGAGUGAGAACUCGACGCUGCACGAGCCUCCUUGCUGGGAGUGUGCAUGCAGACUAUGCAGACAUCACACGGUGUCCUACUUACAUCACCUAGACAAAGCAAAAGAGCCGAUGAUGUGGACGCUCGCCACCGAGCACAACCUGCACUACAUGGGGUGGCUGAUGCGGACACAGCGUGAGAAGAUUCUGAGCGACGAGGUGUGA